AAAAGGGUUUCUCUAAUCUCUCCAGUUAAUGGACAUUAAGGUUUUGGAUAUCGAUUUCUAUAAGAAAAAAAAUGGUUUUGGAUAUCGAUCAGAAAAAAAAAAUGGUUUUGGAUAUCGAUCAGUGAAGAAGAGUCCUUUCUCUGAAUGCCUUUUAUUGUUUUGGUAAAGUCAUUCUGUCCGACUUGGGAGUUGCAGACGACCUUUUUCUAAUUUUAAUAUUAGAGACAAAAGUGUCACAAUUCUGCCCAUGUUGCUUCCUUCGGAGAACUUGCAACUCCCUUCCCUUCCCUUCCCUUUGGGGCUUGGGGGUGAUCUAUCUGUGAGCUUUCAAAGAGAAAUUCUAGGUCGGAGCAGCAGAUUCGUAGCCGGGGCUUUGCAUGGAAUGCGUGAAGUGAGAGACUGAAUACAUUUAACUACUCCUUCCAGUCCGCAGAGUUCACUGACAGAAAGAUGGGAUUCCGGAGAGACUCCCACAGACGAAAUUCUCAGGCGUGGAGACCCCAUUUUCUCCAACUAAUCGUCCAUUCAACUGUCCACGACGGACAGCUUGUGAUCCCUGUUGAGUUUGUUCAGCAAUUAGGAGAAGAUCUCUCUGAUUCUGCAGUUCUCAAGGUUCCCAAUGGCAAAGAGUGGGUUGUAGGUUUAAAGAAAAUUGAUGGAGUAGUUUGGUUUCACAAUGGUUUGCAGCAAUUCUUGGAGUAUCACAACAUAUCUGUUGGAUAUUUUCUAGUCUUCAGAUAUGAGGGGGAUUCACAGUUCCUUGUUCUUAUAUUCAGUCGCAAUGCCUGUGAAAUACAAUAUACCCUUCAAGAGUCCAAUCUUCAUGAUAAACAUUUGAUUCUUGAAAAUGAAGAAAGAGAAGGGGACACUUCAACUUCUUUGAGAAUGACAAUUAUUGACGGACAUGAAGAACAACAAACUUUUCAAGAGUCCAAUCUUCAUGAUAAACAUUUGAAUCUUGAAAAUGAAGAAAGUGGAGAAGAACUGGACACUCCAACUUCUUUGAAUCUUGAAAAUGAAGAAAGAGGAGAAGAAGAGGACACUCCAACUUCUUUGAAUCUAGAAAAUGAAAAAAGAGGAGAAAAAGAGGACACUCCAACUUCUUUGAGAAUGACGAUUAUUGACGGACAUGAAGAACAACACACUAAAAGAACGUCCAAGACACAGGGAAAGAGAAGUUCUGCUUACUCAGGAAUCCCAGUCUCUAAACAUGAUUGUAUUGCGAAAAAAAAAAGGAAGAGGAAUGAAAUUGUGGGAAAACGAACCAAGCCAAAUGCUUCAGGGGAGAAGGUUACCAAAGAACUUGAGAACCAACAGAUAGCUCAAAGAGGUGGCAAUACUGCAUCACUGGGGCGUUUGGAAGAUGAAUAUGAAUGGGCUUCUCUGAGAAAGGAAAGGCCAGUGACAAAGGAAGAAAGAGAAAGGGCAAUUUCUGCAUCCAUGUUGUUAAAACCUAAAAAUCCUUCAUUUAUGGUCAUCAUGACACCGUCCUAUCUGCGCAAGGGAAUGAACGUUCCUCUUAAAUUUAGCAGGAAUCAUUUCAAAGAUGGAUUACACCAUGUCAAACUUCGGCUUCCAAAUGGGAGUACAUGGCCUGCCCGGUUCUUUCUUCGCAGUAAUGUUAAAGCACUUCUUAGUGGUGGUUGGAAUGCAUUUGCUCGGGAAAACAUUCUUUUAGAGGGAGAUUGCUGUGUCUUCGAGGUGUUUAAGAAGAAAAAUAUUGAGAUGAAAGUAUCAAUUUUCCGUGUUGUGGAAGAUUGGGUCCCACUUGUUGGAUCUGUUACUGCAAAGACGAGGCAUCCUAUAACAUUCGAAGAAAGUAAAGCUACUCAAGCAGCAAGAGAGUUCAAGUCUAAAUACCCUUUCUACACAGUUUACAUGCAUCGAAGCUAUAUUCGGAGCAGAGUCAUGAUUAUGAGGCAGGACUUUUUCAAGAAGCAUAUGCCAGAGGAAGUGGAGACAAUCACACUUAAGGAUUCAGAUGGGAGACAAUGGCCUGUCAAGCUCUAUAGUACUAAUGAUGGAAGGGCGCAUAGAUUUGGUGAAGGUUGGUCUGCAUUUGUGAAGGGAAAAACUAUAGAAGAGGGAGAUGUCUGUGUUUUUGAGUUAGUUAAGAAGAAGGAUACUGUUUUGAAGGUUUCCAUUUUAAAAAAACAUUGAACAGGUGGUGAAACUGUAAGACUUGCCAAGUUAAAUGAAAUUUUACUUUCCUGUUUA